CUCACAAGUAUUCCCAAACCUCGCCCGAUCCCACGCCUGCGGUACGAUAGAGAUUCCAUUGGAAGGGAAAGGAAACUGGAGAAGGAGAAUUUCUGAUCCACGCUGCUGCAAUUCGCUUCCUUUGCUUCAAUCCCAUCGUGAAACGAAGAUGGCAGCUGCUUCGGCGGCAUUAGUGGCUGUGAUGCUUGCUAUCACGGCGCAGUUCGCUUUCGCAUCCACAGUCCCCGCGUUCCUUUGGUCGCCUCACCUAAACGAACUGCAAAAAAUAGUUGAAUACAGAACUCUCUCCCCAAGAGAUUUAGCUAAAUCGGUGAUGAACCAAGGGGGGUGGUCGAAAUACCUGUGCUCGGCAGAAGAAGAUAAGGAGUCAAAGAAUUUUGCAUUUCUUUUUGUUGGGACAGAGCCUCUCGAUAUUGCAAGACCCACAAAGAAUGAUCCCGCUCUUCUAGACUUGCUGAAGGACUCCUUUUCAAACUCCAACUUCUCUUUGGCAUUUCCUUAUAUAUCUGCUGAAGGCGAAAGAGUGUCUAUAGAAGGCUCUAUGAUUUCAGAGUUCGCAGAUACCUGUCAGAAAAACUUGGGGGUCGGUAGUAUUGCUCUAGCUGGAUCGUGCUUUAUACAGGGCGAAAAUUUUGAAAGAAUAAAAGAUCUUCACUCCAUACAUGACUACUUGAACUCAAGGAUUGAAAAGAUUACCGAUGGGCGCACAGACCUGAUUGUGUUGUGCCCUGAGCAUUCACCUUCUUCGCAAGAUUCUGACAGCAGUACUCUUUCUCAGGUUCUCAACUCUGUACAUCAGUUGGGUGCAAAAUACACUGUUCUCUAUGUCUCAGAUCCAUUUAGGUCAAUGAAGCAAUUAACAAACCGGGGACUAGAAAGAUUUCUUGCUGAAGGUGCCAAGGUAAAUGAAUCAUCUGAACCUGCCUUCUGCGAUGGAGUGUGCCAGAUUAAGUCGUCACUUUUGGAGGGACUUCUGGUGGGAAUCGUCUUGCUUGUGAUUUUGAUAUCGGGGCUUUGCUGCAUGAUGGGGAUUGAUACUCCCACGAGAUUCGAGGCUCCACAGGAUACUUGAUCAAUUUCGCAAUCAAUGGAUUCAUCUAUACUUAUCGGGUCAGUGUCUCUGUUUUCCAUCUGCUGUGUAGCUUAUCUUAUGUAGGAAAUAUAUAACCCUCUCACGACAUGCCUGCUCUGUUUAUGUUUGCGCUUAUGAUCAGACGUGUGCUAUAUAUUUUUUCCUGCAUGUGUUAGUUUUUUAAGGGGAAUCAAUCGAAUAAUAUGGCGCCAUGGGCUUACGCCGAUGCUCUGUACUUGCCGGGAGGCUAAACCAUUCCGAUUUUCUUGUCACACCCUUGUUUGUAGUAUUUUUUAACAUCCAAUUUUAUUAUCA